AUGCAUACUCGAUCUCACGCACUCACUCCGGUGAACGCUCCAAUGAUGAAACCUCUAUCUGAAAAUUCUCUGCCAUACACUGAGAGUGACAAUUCGGCCCGAGAUGCGCGUCAUGGGCGUAACACCACCGCCUCUACUGUUUCCUGUCACUCGAAUCAUUAUGACAAGUCUGUAAUCGAAGAUGGUGUUCAAAUGCACGACUUCUCUUCCCCCGCCCCGAGCAAGUCUCGUGGUAAAAGCCCCGAUCCAAACAGAUUCGUCGCAGAACGUCCUCCUCGUAUCAAUCCACGUGUUGGGACGGGACUCACAGUUCCCAAGGCCGACAACUCGUCUUUCGAAGAUCAAGCCGCUUCAGAGUGGGAAACUGUCGCUGGAGACGAUGCAUCCGAAAGCUACCCAGAAGCUUCAAUCAAGCCGCUGAGACGUCAGGGAAACUUUUUAGGUUACAGCCCACAGAAUGGAAUCCCCCAGAACAACCACAACGUUUGGGCACCACAAACGGAGAGCUUUGAGCUUGUCUCACACUCUGGUCCGUCCGUGCGAGUGCAGCCGAGAUCUUCUCCUCGUUUGCAUUCGUUUAACUCUUCGUCCAGUUUCUACAGUGAUUUGAGCAAGCAAAGUGGCAAUGACGCAAACAUCUACGGGAAAUCUCCCAUCCCUUGCGAUCCCGAAGAUUUCCCAACGGACAAUCGCGCUCAGCAACAAACCAAGAGGUACUCCCAUGCCUCGUCCGACAGUCAUGACGACCCCUUCAAGUAUGACAAUGAGACGUACUCGGGAUUUCUUCGCCCAUCGGCCGAGAGAGAAAAUGUCGAUGAAGAGGUCAAAGUUCCGGUUCAUCGGGAAGGAGACAAAGACACGCGCCGUGCUCCAAUCCCCGAUAGACGACUGACUGGUGAAAUCGCUGCUCUUGACAAGAACAGGCCUCUUACUGGUACCGAGGGCGACUGGCAGACUGUCACUAGCGAACAAGUUCUCAACUCCAUGCAGCAGGAAUACCUUGACAGCAUCGCAAAAGGAACUGGGAGCAGCCUUGCUGAUGUGUCUGAUGUGACCGAGCGCGGCCAUCAACUUCGCACAUACAGCUCUACAGACAGAAUCAUUCGUCACCCUUACGGCGACAACCCUUAUGAUUCGUACCACAUUCGUCGCGACAGAGGAACUAACCUUGCGGUUUCUGUUCCGCGGUAUGGCGAUGGCCCAGGGACAUUUGCCAGCAACACUGCUCGAAAGUUUGUCCAGCCCAUGUCCAGAUUGCCCGAAUCAGCUGCUCGAUUCUCCAACAUUUUUCGCAGAGACCAAAAUGAACAGACGCCUGACGGUAUCCUCCUCUCCGAUCUGGACCCCAACAGAGCAAGCUACCAGAGCCUUGACUCGGACGCAAUUCCAAACAGCAAUACCGCAGACUCAAACUUGCCCAAUGGUCAAAGGUUUUUCAGCUGGAAUCGAAUUCGUGAAACUCUUGGGCGAGAGCCACCCAAGACCCCUCUGACCAUCCUCGAUCAGCCACUGUAUAGACAUGGUAUACAAGACUCUGAUAAUUCCAACAAAUCGAAGCACAUUCCUCAUGACAAUUUUCUCAAAGAGCUUCCAUCGCUGCCUUUUCCUCUCGUCAGUCUUCCCGAGGCUCAAAUGCUGCAGCAGUUCAAACGACAGAGAGGUGAAGAAGAUCAUACUGAGAGUGCAGGCAACUUCGCCGCCCGUGGAAGGUCAAACACUAUCAGCACUGCUGCAUCGCCAGGUCUCCCUGUAGCCCCUUCUCCUCCCAAGAGAAGCUUCUGGGCCAUAUCUCCCGAGAGUAGCGUUGCACGACCCGCGCCGACUCACCAGCCCAAGAGCCUGCGCCAGAGGUUCCGUCGCCGUGAUUCAAGCGAGAGAAUUUCUGAGAUGCUCGUUUCUUCUUCCGCUAUUCUUGAUACUCCGCCUUCCGCGAAGCCCCAGUCCAGCACUCACCGGACGUGGUAUCGAGGACAGCAGCCGAGCUUUUCAACUCCUCGCGCCGGACAGAGCCAACCUCGUGGGUUCUCCUCAAGCAUACGGUCUCGCAGAUUCCGGCCCGAUUCUGAACCUCUCGAUGGAAGCCCCUUCACACUGGCCGAGACUCGCCUUAUUGAAGAGGCUCGCGAGAACAUGUUCUACCACCGUCAGCGAACCGACAUGGUCGCCCAACGAGGAAAGCGACUUUUCAUCUGGAUCAUGAUCCUGACCCUUUUCUUCCCGUUUAUCGGCCCAGUCGUACUCUACGGCAAACUCAACUCGACCAUCUCGUGGUACACCCAUGGGGAAAUCCAGUGUCUCACCCAGGAUCAGCGCGGAAUCCUCAAGCAGCAACUCGUAGUCGAGGCUGUCUUGUACACUGCUCUCAUCAUUGCGCUCUCCGUCCACUACUCAAUCUACAACUAG